GGUAAAAAAUCUCCAUAGUGAACCUCUAGUGACGAAAGAAUAUGGAAGAUUUGUGGUCUGAAGUGUGUUCAAGGCAAAAAAUCAAUCAAAAUACAUCUCAGGAGUGGAUUGGAAAGAUCCUCAGGAAUUACUCACUGCCCGAGCGGUAUUAUCACAAUCAAAAUGAAAUGUUUUCGCACAAGGAAAAGUAUUUGCGGGAAGGAAAUGCAAAUGAUUGUGUAAUCCUUGCUGCAAUCUUCCAAUACUACAUCUUUGAUCCCAUUAAGGAUAAACAAGUUGAGAAUUGUCAGGCAUUGAGGGAUUUUCUCACUGAGGCUAAUUUUAAAGAUGACGCCCUUGGAAAAUAUGUAGCAAAACUCUUAGGAGACAAUAUCCCCGAAGAAUUGGAUGGAUUUGAGGAAGAUGCUCAAUUUCUACAAGACUUGGAUCUAGCAAUUCUCGGAGCAGAUCCAGAGGACUACAAAAACUACACGGAAUUGCUUGAGAAAGAGUACAAACAUUUAAAUUCAGCCACCUACAAAUCUACACGAUUGAAGAUUCUAAAGACAUUUCUAACUAUUCCGAAUAUAUACUCAACACCAUUCUUCCGGGAACGUCUUGAGGAAUCCGCCAGGAAGAACAUAAGGAAGGAGAUUGAGGAAUUAAAAGCAUAAAGCUGUGAAUAUUAUUUAGAUUUCAUUUUAAAGAUUUUCCGUUUGUUAAUGCAAUCGCAACAUUAUGCUUAAAAUCGUCAGAAAUAUCAAUCAUUAACUUUUUAAAUACUAAAUUAAAUUAAUAAAAAAUAUUAUGUACGCAAAUUAACAUUUUAGCGAAAAAAAAAGAUUUGUUAUCGAUAUUCAAAUAAUAAAAAUUCGUGUUUGAAGCUU